GAGGAGCGGCUGCUGAACCCGCCAGCUCUGGCACCGGCUCCUCAGGGCGGCCGCUGCCUCCCCAGCUCCCGCAGAGGGCCAUGGCCUGGGAGGCCACGUGCCUGCUGCCCCUUGUCCUGCUGGUGCUCCUGGCCUCAGGCUCCUGGGAGCAGCAGGUGCAGAAACUGGAAGGGGAGGAACUCUUCGUAACGUGCCAGUACCCACCCCAGAGAAGUUCCAAGACGAAAACCUGGUGCAGAAUAAUAUCAGCAGAAACUUGUGUCUUAUUAGUCACCCACCCCAGGCUCCGGGGCCAGCCUGGAGACCCGAGAUACGUCAUCAUGGAUUACCCCCAACAGAGGUACUUCACCGUCACCAAGGCUGUGCUCAGAGAGAAGGACUCGGGUUUGUAUUGGUGUGGAAUCUUAGAAUCUUCCAUAGUCACUCCUCUCAGAGCCAUCCGUCUGGUGGUAUCUCCGGCUCCAACCCAGCCCACCAUCAGGACCAUCGGGACCACCGGGACCUUUACCAACAGCCCUGUCAGUGACAGUGACAGCUCCCCAGACCACUCGAAGGUCAUCCUCAGCGCGAUGGUGGUGCUCCCGCUGCUGCUGGCACUCACCCUCCUGGUGAUCCUGUACUUCGCCAUCAAAGCCCGGCAGCGGCGCCAAGCCAGGGCAGGUGAGGGCAAAGCCCACCACAUCCAUGACAUUUCCACCCAUGAGGCUGAAACUGUGCUUCGGACGGAUCCCCCCGCACAUCAGAGGGAUUCUCGGCUUUCCUGGGGCUCUGAUCAGCAGAUAGGCUCUGGCAAGGACACUGGGGACAUCCACUAUGCCUCAUUCACCCACCUGGAGCCCUUAGGCCUGGAGAACCCCGUCUACAUCAAUACCCGCCCUGGCCCGAAGCCCAUACAUGACCCAUUUCUGGAUGUGGAAUAUGCCAGCAUCACUAAAAACUGAGCCCUGCACCUGGCCGGCUGCCCAGGAGGAGCCCGGGAUCUGAAGGCAGAAGUCACUCCGAAGUGAGCAGCUGAGUGAGGGGUGACCAGGGACGGGUGACUUCUUGUGGCCGAGACCGUCCCAAACUGGCAAAGACCAUCCCUUUCUGGAGCAGAGAUGAGGAGGGAGGAGCAAGGGAAGGAAAGCCUCAUCACCCAGAGGAGAGAAGGUUUGAGUCUGAGGGUUGCGGGCAGACUGUGGGGUUUCUGGAUCCCGGCCCACUCCCCUCUGACCGGAGAGGGUCUGGGACCCAGUGCUUCUGAGUAACCCAGUCUUCGCCUCC